GCAUGGAUCUGAUAGGAGGGUGAGCUGUCUGCUACUCAGUUGUUCUGACGUCGAGCACGCUACCUGACGUCACCGUGGGAGUGUUCCGCCAUCGGGAGAAAUGAACGGUCAUCAACACAAUCCUCUGAGCGCCCAUCAUGUUAUUUUUCUAAACGCCCUUGGAAACAGCUGACUAAAGUUUGACAGCUAUUCGACUAGAUUUCAUGUGGAAGAAUAACCCAGAGAGUAGCGCUGGAAAUUCACUUGGAUUAUUAAACCUUCUCUUGUGUUAAUAGAUGCACAAAUCAUCAGCUGAUGACCACAUCUUAAGCCAGUCCUGAUUUGUGAGUCAGAAGCAGAGAGGCUGAGCUGAUGACAAGCAUGAUAGUGAGCCAAGCCACUGAUGCAUGCCCACUCAAAAGGCCCAACUGAGCGGCAUCCCCUCUGCUUCCCGGCUUUCAACCAGCCUCUCAGAGGGGGGGUGUCGACGGGGCGUAGCUAGUCCCCUGCACCCCCAAGUAGAACCUCACUGUGAAACUGGAGGUCUCUGAUGGAUCAGGGUAGUAGUGAGCAAAGUCCAGAGGAGCCGGACACAGGCCGAGCAGAGACGGAGGUCGGCAGGAGGGCGUCAGAGUCAGAGCACGGCUUGUCCAAAAUCACCCACAAUGCCCUAGAGAACAUGGGAGCGUUGGGCCAUGGCCUGAAGCAGUUCUUCCAGCCACAGCGCCGACGCUCCUCCGUUUCCCCACAUGACUCCGCCACGUCCUGCACGGGUGCCCCUCCCUCCGAACCCACUGAUGUAGGGUCAGACGUAGGGGAUGCUCCUGCCUCCUUUGCUGUCCCUUUGGAUUCUGACAACCCUGCUGCUUCCGCCCCUCCCGCAGCUCUGAGUCGUGUUCUGCAGCAGAUCCGAGGUGCUCCGCCAAUAAUGAAGCGAGGCACCAGCCUGCAGAGCCGCCGCAGCAAGACAGGGGCCGUUGGGGAUCCUCCCCAGAAAGGUAGCCCACAGAUCCACAGGCGCAGCACCCAUGAGGCCCUGCUGCAGGCUGGACGCCCUCGCUCCUCCUCAACCACAGAUACACCAAGCAGUCCAGCCCUAGCUGACAUGCUGCUGACCUCUGGUUACCAUUCCACUGAGGAGCCUGACAAGCAGCUGGAUCAUUAUGACAGCUCAGGCCCUGCUAUAUCACCCAAUGCCCUACCUUACGGUGCAGACGGUUAUGAUGUAGUUGACAGUACCCCUGACCCCCAUCGAACUAAGCAGGCCAUUGCCCAGCUACAACAGAAAAUCCUCAAGCUCACAGAGCAAAUCAAGAUUGAACAAACUGCUCGUGACGACAACGUGGCUGAAUACCUGAAACUUGCUAAUAAUGCAGACAAACAGCAGAGUGCACGGAUCAAACAAGUGUUUGAGAAGAAGAACCAAAAGUCAGCUCAGACUAUCCAGCAAUUGCAGAGGAAGUUGGAGCACUACCACCGGAAGCUUCGUGACGUGGAGCACAACGGCAUCCCUCGCCAGCCCAAAGAUGUUUUCCGAGACAUGCACCAGGGCCUGAAAGAUGUUGGCGCUAAGGUGACAGGUGGUCUCUCCAGCUUCUCUCAAGCCACUCACUCUGCAGCUGGAGCUGUUGUGUCCAAGCCAAGAGAAAUCGCUUCCCUCAUCCGCAACAGGUUUGGUAGCGCUGAUAACAUAGCAUCCCUGAAAGAUUCUCUGGAUGAAACCCAAGGAGAUGAGGGUGUCGGCCCUGGGGGUACACGGGCCCUGGGGACAGGGCACCUGCAGUCCAGCCCGAAGUAUGGCAGUGAUGAUGACUGUUCUAGUGCUACAUCGGGCUCUGCAGGAGCCAAUAGUACUACUGGGGGCCCUGGAGGCCCUCCUAGCUCCAAGGGCAAUACUCUUGAUCAUGCCCAGGCCUCAGGCUUUGAUGCUAUACUCAGUGAAAUCCAAGAGCUCCGGGAAAAUCAAGGUCGACUUGAGGAGUCCUUUGAAAGCUUAAAAGCCCACUAUCAACGGGACUACACAGUGAUCAUGGAGGCACUGCAAGAGGAACGAUACAGGUGUGAACGUUUAGAAGAACAACUCAAUGACUUGACGGAGCUGCACCAGAAUGAAAUUCUGAACUUGAAACAGGAACUAGCCAGUAUGGAGGAGAAGAUUGCUUACCAGUCUUAUGAAAGAGCAAGGGACACUCAGGAGGCACUGGAAGCAUGUCAGACACGUAUAUCCAAAAUGGAGCUGCAGCAGCAGCAACAGCAAGUGGUACAGCUGGAGGGUCUGGAGAAUGCCACAGCACGAACUCUUCUUGGCAAAUUAAUCAAUGUACUGUUAGCUGUCAUGGCAGUACUUUUGGUCUUUGUGUCCACGGUGGCUAACUGUGUCGUUCCCUUAAUGAAAACACGCAGCCGCACACUUUCUACGCUGCUCCUUGUAAUUCUCCUCGCCUUCCUCUGGAGGCACUGGGAUGCUAUUUCAGAGUAUCUGCAUCGCUUUCUUCUGCACCCCAGAUGACCGGCUUUGAGAAGCUCAUUUAAAUGAUGAAAGGACAGAGGGUUUAGGUCUGAUCUCUAAAUGAGGGACGUUGGCCUAUACAGGGAGUUGAAUCUCAAUAGUCUGACCUUUUUUUUUCUUCUUCAGCAGCUUCUCAAAACGCUCAAAUGGAUUCCAUCAGAGGUUUGUCACUUUCACUUUCUGAAAUGUGUUUUGAGAAGAACAAAACAAAUUAAGGGGAGAAAGAGUUGGAUGUUUGGCAUUGACAAAAUAUUAUUGGUGCAAUUCUGGCACAAGCACAUACACUAAGGGUGAAAGGGGCUUAGGUGAAGGAGGGCCUGAGAAACUGCACACUUUGUCUCUUAUUGAAUUUGUUUACAUGUGGAAACUGCAUUGUUUCUCCACAGAAGAAAUUGUAAUUUAAAGUUUUAUUACCUUAGAGCUGAUUCAAGUAGUAUUGUUUUGAAGUCACUGUUAUUUUUAAGACAACUGAUUGGUGGCUGUUUAUUUUAACUGUAAUGAGCUGUGCUUUACUUAUUUGGUUGUCCAUUCUUUGUUGUUACCAUUCUGUUUUUUUCAGUUUGUCCUUCCUUGCCUCCUCACAUUUCAGCUUGAGACUAACACCACCUCUUUCCGCUCACUACGACGAAGAACGGGGUGCUUGCACAUCAGCUACAUUGCUCUGGAACCAGACUUGUCACUGGAUCAAAUUUUAAUGGGUUAUUGACCUGUUCCUUUUCGAUAUGUGAAGUCAGUAACACUGGUUUUGCCACAACCAGGCUAUUAUAGGGAACUUUGAGGUUAGAAUUGCAGCUUUGCCCUCUGCACCAACUGGAUUCUACUAUCCUGGUGGUUUUUCCCCACUGCAGAAGAAUAAUCUAUGAACUGAGCUACAUACUUGAAGAGCGGCUAAGUGCUCAAAGACUCAGUGCUUCCGUACUGUUUCUAUUAGUGACAAUGAAAUGGUAAUACUUUUUAGUUUUUUUAGUUUUUAAAGACAAAUAAACUUGCUGUUUUAAAAGGUGAAA